UUUGUCAACCCAGGAGCCGCUACUGUGUGCGGAUACACGCUCAUAGCUUCAGCUUCUGCAGAAUUUAACAAGAAUACCACCAAGCGUUGGUUAUAAUGACAGUUUCCUGCAGGAGAUUGACGAUGCCAAACAAGCCAGUUAAAAGCGUAUCAUACCGCACGUAGUUCAGAAACACAUGGACCGUCUGCGCAUUGUGCGCAAUGUCCCAACUCGACGAUUGUCCUCCUCUGGUUCAAAGGAAAUAAUGCACCAGUUUCUAGCCGAGGAUUUAUGGAGAAAUUGAGCAGGUACAGACACAGUCUCUAUGUUGUGAAGAACAUGACAGAACAUGUUAGUGACAUUUCCUCCUCAGUCCUUUGGCAAACCACUCCACCAGACCUCCUCCUUGCUCAACACUUCUGGGUUACCUGAGCAGCAAACAUGUUCAGCAGGAUGCAACAGCGAUCAGAACUUCAAGUGCAUGGCCUAUACAGUGACUUACUGCAUAGUAUUUCCCAUUGCCUUUUUAUGUAACUCAGUGGCACUCUUUGUCUUCCUGCGGCUCACCCGUAAACACUCGGCCAACAGUGUGUUCAUGAUUAACCUGGCGCUGUCGGACACGGUCUUCUCACUCACACUGCCCUUCCGCCUGGUCUACUACUUCCGAGACAGUGAGUGGGACUUCCCAGACUGGCUGUGCCGCAUAUGUGUCUUUGCCUUCUACAUGAACCUGUACACCAGCGUGCUGUUCCUUACAGGACUCAGUGUGCUGCGCUACAUCGCCAUCGUGCAUCCACUUCUAAACCGCAGCCUGGUGACAGUGAAACGGGGUGUAUGUGUUUGCGUGGGGAUCUGGGUUGGUGUGGCAUUGCUCUCAAGCCCCUUCCUCAUGACCGGAACCCUGGAGAGGGAGGGCAAGACCCGCUGCUUUGAGCCAGGAGCCAUCACGUCCUGGUACCGCAUCCUGGUCCUGAACUAUGUCGCCCUGGUGCUGGGUUUCCUCCUGCCGUUCACCACCAUCUUGGGCUGCUACGGCUCCAUCAUGUUCAAGCUGGUGAGCAGGAAGAAGAGGCCGAGCCGAAGCCGGCAGAACCGCCAGCGCGCUGUCUACCUGGUGACAGUGAUCCUGAGCAGUCUCCUGCUGUGCUUCCUGCCGUACCACCUGCUGCGCUCGCUGCACCUCCACGCUGUGGUGCAUCGCUGGAACUGUUGCAUCACCGGGUGGCUUCUGCGCAUGCUGGUGAUCUCGCUCUGCCUGGCCGCGUCAAACAGCUGCCUCAACCCACUGAUGUACUACUUUGCCGGAGAAUCCUUCCGCACCACGGUGCGCACCACUGUCCGCUCCACCCUCAGGUCGACCUCCUUCAGCUCCAUUGGUCAGAGUAGCUGGAAGAGCAGGAGGAAGCGAUCACAGUACCCCUUGUCCCACAUUGCUGAGGGACUGCCAGAGAUUAGCCUCAGACCACAGGAUUGAGAUGGGCUGUGAUGAUGGAUUACAGAUACAAGAUACAAGGAAGUUUAUUGUCACAUGCAUAUAGUUACUGGAAGUAAGAAAUGCAGUGAAAUUAUGUCUGGUGUCAGCCUAU